ACAUCAGAUUUUCACAAGUUCUUAACCGUUUGACAUCAGAGUUCCAUUCCAUUCUCGGCUUAUGACAUCAUAUGAUCACGAGUUCUUUACAUUAUGACAUCAGAUAGCCAUUCUGUUCUUACCUUAUGACAUAUUUUCAUGCUGUUCUUCAGCUUAUGACAUCAGACUGUCAUGCUGUUCUUUGCCUUAUGACAUCAGAUUGUCAUGCUUUUCUUCGCCUUAUGACAUCAGAUAGUCAUUCUGUUCUAAACUUGUUACAUCAGAUGGUCACGAGUUCUUUACGUUAUGACAUCAGAUUGUCAUGCUGUUGUUCACCUUAUGACUAGGGAUGGGGAUCGAAACCCGGUUCUAUCAAGGACCCGGUUCCACUUUUUUCAAAACCCGAAAAUCAAUAACGUUUGGGCUUAUCGAUACCACUAUCAAGUCUGGUCAUUUUUUUUUUUUUUGUUUUGUUUUCCCCCGGAGGUCCUGUAACAUAAUUGUGUGUCCCUCGAGUCGCAUCUCUGUCUGUCUCCGGGUUGGAUCCUCCUGCUGCUGAGCCGCACCACAGUGGGCCCAUUUUCAUCAUCCACUCAGAGUACCACUGAUGGUGUUCAGCUCAAGCUCACCUCAACUCCAGCCCCCAUUGGCCUACUCCAAACUCCCUUCACCCUGGCUGCCAGGAAGAUGCCUUCUAAUCAAGUGGAGCAGUGUCACAGGGCUGUCACAAAAUUUGUGAUUUUGUGACAGCACCCUUGCACCCUUUUGCAACAGUUGAAUCACCGUGGUUUAGGGAAAUGACAAAGGCCCUCAAUCCACGUUACACCCCUCCAAGCAGGACUGUUCUAUCAAACACCCUCAUCCCUGCGUGGUAUGAGGUGGAGAAGCAGAAUGUCAUUACAGAGCUGGCAAAUGUUAGCAAGGUAGCAAGUGAUGGGUGGACUAGCUUAGCGCAAGACCACUACAUUACUGUGACCACCCAUUACAGCAGCCAAGGCAAGCUUCAGCAAAAAGUCCUCCGGACCAAAGCUGUCUACAGAGCGAAGACCAGGAAAACAGUUGCAGUGGAGAUUGAGGAGGUAUUGGAAGAGUUUGGCAUUACUCACAAGGUGGUUGUCAAGACUGUAGACAACGCGUCCAACAUGGAUGUUGCUGCAAAGAAGCUGGACAUCCUCAAACUGGGUUGCUUUGCCCACACCCUUAACUUGGCUGCGCAAAAAGUUUACAGCAUUGCUACGGUGACCCGGUGGGCAGCAAAACUAAGAGUAGUCAUCGUGUGGAUGAAACGAUCUUCAAUGGCGAAGAUAGUGCUAAAAGAAAAGCAGCUCCUCCUCAAACUUCCUCAGCACACCAUGAUACUGAAUGUGAAAACCAGGUGGAACUCCCUGUUUCUGAUGGUUGAGAGGUUCCUUGAGCAAUAUCCGGCUCUCCAAGCUGCAGUGUUGGAUCCACGUAUAAGAAAGCCCAUGGAGAGGGACCGACUGGAUAGGAUCACAGAUGAGGACUUUACCAAAGCAGAGGAGUUCAUAAAGUUCAUGAAGGUCCUGUACACUUCUACACUGUGUGUAUCUAGUGAGAAAACCCCCACCUGUGGACAGAUCCUUCCGAUACUCAUGAAACUAAAGACCCACUUCACAUUUCAGGAAGGAGACUCUUCAUUUGUAUCCAACAUUAAACGGAAGGUUUUGACUGACCUAUCUGGACGUUACCAGGAGGAAAAAAUCCAACAGUUCCUCGAAGAGGCGACAGCGAUGUACCCAAGGAUUAAAGCCAAAAGUGUCAGGCACACCACCUGGGAACGUUUGCAGGAGGCAGCUGUAGCAACAAAUGCUACAGAAGCUGAUGUCCCAAUCCCCGAGUCCCAUGAGGACAGCGACACAACCGAGGAGGCUAUGUAUGAGAAUCCUCGGGUUGAAGUCAGUCCACCACCACAACCUAAGAAGAGUGCCUUGGAGGAGCUAUUUGCCGAGGAGGAACAAGAGCGACGGACCAUCCAUAUGAAUAACUCCAACAGCAGAAUUCAGCAGAGAGUAUGUGAGGAAAUCCAGCUCUACAGAAGCCUGCCUAUGAUUUCUAUAGCAGAGGACCCAGUUCUCUGGUGGUGGACAAAGAGAGACACCAUGCCCCUGCUAGCGGAACUCUCUCACGGCUACCUUACUGUCCAAGCGUCUUCCAACCCUUCAGAGAGGGUGUUUUCCACUGCUGGGGACACCAUCAGCCAGGAGCGUUCGAGGAUCAUGCCUGACAAGGCAGACAUGUUAAUUUUUCUGCAAAAAAAAUACCUGUUAAUUUAUAAGCUGAUAUUUUAUUUCCUUUUGUGUGACACGGCAUAUUAUUUAUUUAAUUCAUAUACAUUAUGACAUUUUAUUUUUCAUUUGGUGCUGCUGAUAUAUUCUAGUUUUAUGUCAUUUCGAAGUGGCCUAUUACAUUAGCCAUGUUUAUUGAAGGAUAGAAACUUUUUUGUUAUGCUCACUUGUUAAGCAAUAAAAGCAAUACCAGUUCUGUCAAACACAUGUUGCAUCGUCUUUCCACCAAAUAACAGAAAAGUAUCGAUAGUGGUAUCGAUAAAGACUCGGAUUGAAAAGGAGUAUCGAUAAAGGUAUCGAUAUCAAUAAAUAUUACGAUCCCCAUCCCUACUUAUGACAUCAGUUGUGUUUAUGUUCUUCAAUUUAUGACAUCAGAUUGUGAUGAGUUGUUCACAUUAUGACAUAUGAUUUUCAUGUUGUUCUGCACCUUAUGAUAUCAGAUGGUCAUUCUGUUCUCACCUACUAACAUAAGAUGAUCAAAAGUUAUUAGACUUAUGACAUAAUAAAAUGAUUCUGUUCUCACCUCAUGACAUCAGAUUUUCAUAAAUUCUUAACAUUUUGACAUCAGAGUUCCAUUCCGUUCUCAGCUUAUGACAUCAUAUGGUCACCUGUUCUUAAACUUAUGACAACAUAUGGUCAUGAGUUCUUUCAUGUAGAUGGAUCAGAUAGCCAUUCUGUUCUUACCUUAUGACAUAAGAUUUUCAUGCUAUUCUUACCUUAUGACAUCAGACUCUCAUGCUGUUUUUCGCCUUAUGACAUCAGAUUGACAUGCUUUUCUUCGCCUAAUGACAUCUGUGGUAAUGUUGUCUUGUUUUUUCUUUAAGUUAAUUGCAUGUCUUUGACUUUUCUGAUUUGGAUUUGCUUGUUAUAAGUUGGAGUUAUUUCCCUUUGGUGUUGCAUGUCUUUUUGAUUUUGUUUUGAUUUUGAAGUGACGUUACCACCCAUACCUGGCGACGCCCACCACAGAUCACAGGUGUUCUCUAUUGGCAAAAUUGCAUGCAGAUUGUGAGGCCGGUAAUAAAGAGAGCUGUGCAGUUGAAGCAAAAAAGACGGAGCCGGACUGAUCACAGAUGUGGGAACGGCAGGGCGACAAUGCUGGAGGACUGAUGGCUGCAGAGGUUCGUUCAACCAGUCGCUGUCAAGGAACAGACGACCGGGCGUUGGAGUACGAGUGGCCGGUUUUGCCGUCGAGGUUCGCGGUGGUCGUAGAGGAUCGGUCAGCUGGUGACAAGCAAGGCUGGAGGACUGGCUGCUGCAGAGGUUCGUCCAACUGGUCGCUACCGAGGAACGAAUGACCGGGCGUUGGAGUAUAAGUGGCCGGAUCGCUGCUGAAAUUUGCCCAUGGCCGUGGACGAACGGUCGGCGGGUGACGGGAGGGACUGAGCGCCGGAGGGGACCGUGGCCGGAUCGCCGUCGAGAUUCGCCAUGGUUGUAGAGGAUCGAUCAGCUGGUGACGGGAAGGACCGAGCUGAGGAGAGGAUCACGCCCCCCAUUCGGGCUAGCUAAGGGACCUUUUAACAGACUUUUUUUAUUGACUCUGCCGCUCCUCACCGCCUUAUAUGUUUUUAUUGAUUCAUUCUCUUUUUAAAUAAAUUGUUAACUCUUAAGGCUCGUUUCGUUAAAGCCCUGACCACAGUCACUGCAGUUCCUAUUUAUUAAACUCACCACUCGGGUGCCACACAUCAGGUAGUCAUUCUGUUAUCAACUUGUUACAUCAGAUGGUCACGAGUUCUUUACGUUAUAAUCUCCAAAAAUAAAGUUAGGCAUAUUUUCCCAAAGUAAGAGUUGUAAUAUGACCUAAAUGAAGUAUAAAUGUAUCCUACAAGUUUGGAGGCACUAAAAUGAUUUAUAGUGUAGUCAUUGCUCAUUUUAUACUUAUUCUAAUAAUAAAAUACAGGUGCCAUUUGCCACUCAGGCUUUGGGAAAAUC